AUGUUCAGACAAGCCAUUGCUACCUCUUCUCGCGCAGUGCGCACCGGCAUCCGCACCCAGACCCCCAAGUCUGUCUUCCAAAAUCAGUUCCAGAGCUCCCCUGCCUUCAGGAUACGAGCCGCGCAACCCGCCGUUGCGAGAUGGUACAGCGACGCCAAGGAGACCACCGAGGCCACCAAGGAGGGCGAGAAGCCCGCCGAUGAUGCCGAGUCUGCCCUGAAGAAGCAGCUGGAGACCAAGGAGAAGGAGGCUGCCGACUGGAAGGACAAGUGCCUUCGCACCAUCGCCGACUUCCGUAACCUCCAGGACCGCACACAACGCGAGGUCAAGCAGGCGCGCGACUUCGCCUUGCAGAAGUUCUCAAAGGACCUCAUUGACAGCAUCGACAACCUCGACCGCGCCCUCUCAAUGGUACCCCAGGAGAAGCUCAAGGUCGAGGAGAAGUCGGGUGACCUCAAGGACCUCGCCAACCUGUACGAGGGUCUCAAGAUGACCGACGACAUUCUCAUGUCGACGCUGAAGAAGCACGGCAUCGAGCGCUUCGACCCCGAGGGCGAGAAGUUCAACCCCAACGAGCACGACGCCACCUUCAUGGCACCCCAGCCCGACAAGGAGGACAACACCGUCUUCCACGUCCAGCAAAAGGGCUUCAAGCUCAACGGCCGCGUGAUGCGCGCUGCCAAGGUCGGCGUCGUUAAGAACGCUUAA